UCCAUUGUCCCAGUUUGUGUGUGUGGACGGAGACUCUUCACACAGAGCACAGACCUGAAGAAGAAGAAGGGGGAGAAUUUGUCCUGUAACGAGGACGAGCGGUGGACGAGCGGUGGACGAGCGGUGGGAUGUCGAGCUCUUUCCAUUGAGGACAUCACCAACUGUGGCCCGAUCCACACAUCAUGGCUGACAAACUGCCAGCUCCUUCCACUUCUUCACCUCCUCAUCAGAACGGAAAGAUUGGAGAGGCGGUGCCUAGACGUUCUUCACCUUCUCAUCAGAAUGGACAUCUGGACAGAGGACAGAGACGUCAGAGUCCCAGUCCCAUGAGUCCCGUUCUUCAGCCUCCCUCUGCAUCCAGUACCCCAGCCUCCACCUCACCCUUCAGGUGUCUUGUGAGUCCUGUACCAGGGUCUGGCCCUGAGGGCAGGUCCACCUCCUCCAGACCUCGCAGUCAGAGUCCAGCUCUGACCUCCAGGACCAGAACCUACGCUCCUGAUAUUCAGCGCAGCCAGCAGGAGGAGCCAGAGGCCUUGUUGAACCUGAUCCUGGAGUCUCAGGGACAGAGACUGGACGACCAGAGAGCCAACGUUGGUCUCCUGCCUGAUCCAGGACCAGCUCCUUUGUGUGGAGCCUGCAGCCAUGAACAGCGCCCCCUGCCUACUGUGGACUUCUACUACAUGUUAAUUAACUUCCAGUCCGACAGGAUGGAGGACCAGCGGUGCCCCCCCCCUGACCUGGAUGAACUGGGUGACCUGGUGGGAUCAGCUCCAGAGGGUCAGGAGGAUUUCUUCAGGCUGAUCCAGAGAGUCCAGUCCAGGAGGAUGGAUGAGCAGAGAGCGUCGCUGAUGACAUCACACACUGAGGAUGAGGAUGACUCCUCCCCCCCAUCGCCAUCAUCUUUGAUGAAGAUCGAGAACUGAGAGCACAUAGAAAGGGUUUUCCUGAAACCAGGUUCCAAACUGUGCUGAUAUGUUUAGAUCUGUGGCCAGGCUCCAGGUCUAGGAUCUGGUUCUGACUCCAGGAUGGACCAGUUUAAUAACUUGGGUCAUGAUCUGUUAGGUAGACCACACCUGCAUCAACUAUACAAUGACCAGGACCAAUACCAGGACCUGGUCCUGGCCCUGUUUCUGGUCCUGGACUUGGACCUGGACCCGGACCCGGACCUGGACCUGGACCUGGACCUGGUCCUGGUCCAGGUCUACCUGUAUUUGUGUCUUUUAGUUCUUUAACUAACAUCAAGAAACUGUCUUGUGUUUGAUUGCUAUUUGAAAUAUUUAUUAACAACGUGUCAGAGUCUCAAUCGAUCCUGAUGUCGUCAUGUUAUCUUCAACCACAUGACGAAAGGAUCAUUUGUAAAUUGAAUCAAAUUAGAUUCUCCAAUGAAUAAAAAUGAAUUAUCAGAUUUUUAAUAAUGAAUAAAACGCUCAGGUGACAUUUUAGAAAAAAAAGGAGUAAAAGUUUAAAAGUCCAAUAGACAGGUAAAGGUUCUUCUUCAUGAGCUCCUGUGUUGAGGUGUUCCUGCAGGCACUGCAUCACAAGGUGGAUGCAUCGAGGAAACGAAGCAAGGUCCAAUUCCAUCCCCCUAUUCAAAAACUCGAUUUAUAAAAGGUCUUCAUUUUCUUCUUUGUUCAGUUUAUUGGCAGGUGGCAACCAACGUUAAGGUGCAUCACCACCACUCCACUGUGUUGGAGUGUGAACCUCAGUUAUCCAGAUCAUAUUCAAUUCUUCUGUCUGAUCCGGUCUCCCUCAGAUAAUGAACCAGAACCUGUUCUUCCUGUGAUAGGAUCUUUGGAUCAUCUGUGUAGGGUCAGGGGUUACACCUGGAACAAAUGUUUCAAAUGAUCUUCAACCAAAACUGCACUGUUGCCACAAUCUUCAUAUAUCUUCUUUUAAUCCUCUAAUCCUCUAAUACUUUAAUAUUUGUUAUACUUAGGGUUAGGGCUAUACUUGUUAUACUUUUAUACUUUUCAUACUUUAUUAAUGUAAAACUUUAAUACUUUGAUUAUUUAAUACUCUGAUCUGCUCCCUGUAAAACUCUCUGCUCUUCACUCUCACAUGGAAGAAGAACCUUUGUUGUUUUAUGCUUAUCUUCUGACCAUGAAGAUUGAUCCAGUCAUUCUUUAUCAGCUGUGUGGGUUAUGGUUAUCAAUGCUUCUCUCCACCUCCACCUGAAGACCAGACUUAUUGUUUCACCUGCUGAACUACACGUGAUCAAACCGUCAUCUAGCACAGAUCUAACGUUACAUGAAUAUUAAUCACUGACGACCGGAUCAGUUCCGCCCCCGUUAGACAUCUCAUCACAUAGAUUAUUAUUUUAUAUUUGGACAGUAGUUUGUGUAUAUGUUCAUUCCAUGGGAGCGUCAAACCAAACACCUGAAGCCUCACCUGCUCUUUUCUUAUGUAAAAACUUUGCUGCACAUCAACACCGGCACACUAACGCUUGAGGUUUUAAACUGAUGACCUGAAGCGCCAUGAAUACAACCAUUUCUCGAUUCUUGUAUUUCUCCCAUAAUAUGAUUAAUAUUCUUAUUUUUCACAAGACUCCAUUAUCAGAAAAGAGCAAGCACAUCUUUAAUCAUAAUGAAAAACAAGCCUGUCCCAAGUCUUACUUGA